AUGAGGAAAAUACUUGCUUCUACAAUCAUAGGGAGCAAAAGGAAACAUAGAAUCGACAACAAAGAGAAUUUGGAGAAUUCAUCAUCAACAAGUACUGAUGGUCGUAGGACUAACUUACCUACUUCAAGUAUCCAGUCAAGAUAUGCCAAUGGAGUGUGUUUUACUCCAGAAAUUACACCAUUGAGUAACAUAACUUACGGUGGUAGCGCACAAGAGAAAGAAGCAAUCCGACAACCGUUAGGAAACAUAUCGAAUCAGUGUAGUAAACAUGAGCAACUAAUCAACCGUAUUAAUCCUGGUAAGGCUCAACAACCAGAUUACGUAAACAGAGACUUGCUAUCUGCAUUUGAAGAAGAAGCAAGGCUAGAACCUGUUCUUACAACACAAAAUGCUGCAACAGUUUGCCUCACGUCGAUAAACGAAACUACUGUAACUACAAAUUUGGUGGGGAAUGUUGUGGACGAACUACUUCAUAAAGACAUUGCUACAACAUCUACGGUUUGUCAUGAAGAAGGCAAGGCACCCCACUUUGCCCAGCUCUACAUAUACGACACCAGCAAUGAACAAAUCAAUCGGAUCAAUGCUGUCCGGGAUGGUUGUGAGCAAGAUGACAUCCACAUACAAAUAGUGAAUAUCAUACAGGGUGAGUUGGAUACAAAUAAUGUUUUGGUAAAGUCAUUUCGAAUGGCUAAGGAGGAAAUGGAUAGAAAUCCAUGCGCUGAAGUCAAGAUAAAAUUGCUAGGCAAGCGCAAGAAAGAUGCAAGGACCUAUAAUUUACCUGAAGUGUCUGAAGUUGCUGCUUUGAUCGUUGGAGAUCUUGACACCAAUAUUGGUGAGCGUGAUAUUGUCGUCCAAACCAAGAGUGGCCAACUACAAAGAAUAAGUGAAUUAAAUCCUUCCUACUUGCCACUUCAAUAUCCAUUGUUGUUUCCGUAUGGUGAAGAUGGAUAUAGGGAAGAUAUUGCAUUCUCAAACAUCAAAGGCAAUAGCGGUGGUGGCGGUAGACAAAGGAUUAGCCCGAGAGAAUAUUUUUGCUAUCGCAUACAGUCAAGAAAGUCGGUGGUAAAUACAAUUCUACAUGCCAGGCGUUUGUUCCAACAAUUCGUUGUGGACGGAUACACAAUGGUUGAGUCCGGUAGACUCAUUUAUAUAAGGACACACCAAAAAAGUUUAAGGUGUGAUUCAUAUAGUGGAUUGACAGAUGCUUUAACCAGGGGAGAAAUUAACCCGGCAACGCAAGGACGUAGGAUAAUACUACCGUCGAGCUUUACAGGUGGAGCUAGGUACAUGAUACAAAAUUACCACGAUGCUAUGGCUAUAUGUAGAUGGAUUGGAUAUCCAGAUUUGUUUAUCACUUUUACAUGCAACCCCAAGUGGCCUGAGGUGCAACGUUUCUUGCGUGACCGAAUGUUGAAACCAGAGGAUCGUCCGGACAUAAUUUGCAGGUUGUUCAAGAUGAAGCUGGACUCGCUGAUAGCUGAUUGUAGAAAAAAGAAACUUUUUGGUUCAGUUGCUGGAGUUAUAUAUACGAUUGAGUUCCAAAAGAGAGGUCUUCCGCAUGGCCAUAUAUUAUUGUUUUUGGAAAAAAAAAAUGGAGUUAGCGAAGUUGGAACCCUUGACACAAUCAUUUCAGCUGAGAUACCUAAUGAAAAUACAGAUGUAGAAUAUUACAAAGCUGUUGAGGAAUUUAUGAUGCAUGGUCCAUGUGGAAAAGCAAGGUUGAAUUCUCCGUGUAUGGUAAAAGGGAGAUGUUCAAAGCAUUAUCCCAAGAGGUUUGUUGAAUGUUCUACUUUUGAUGAUGAUGGAUAUCCAUUAUAUAGACGUCGGGAAAAUGGGAGGACAAUUACAAAGAAUGGCAUUUCUUUAGACAACAGGUAUGUUGUACCGCACAAUAGACAUUUAUUGCUUAAAUACAAGGCUCAUAUAAAUGUUGAAUGGUGCAACCAAUCCCGCUCAAUAAAGUACCUCUUCAAAUAUGUAAAUAAGGGACACGAUAGGGUAACAACCGAGUUCUACAAAACUAACAAUGCUGAAGAUGCUGGGAAAACCGUAGACGAGAUCAAUAUGUACUAUGAUUGUAGGUAUAUAUCUCCCUGUGAAGCAGUGUGGCGGUUGUUUGGUUUUGAUAUACAACUUAGGGCUCCGUCAGUGGAAAGGCUAAGCUUUCACCUUCCCAAUCAACAAAGUGUGAUUUUUGCAGAUGAUGAUCCAGUUGAAAACAUUCUCAAUAGACCUACUAUAGCACAGAGUAUGUUCUUAGAAUGGUUCGAGGCUAAUAAAACAUUCCCAGAGGCAAGAAAGAUGACUUAUGCUGAGAUGCCAACGAAAUUCGUGUGGAAAAAAGACCUUAGGAAAUGGCAGCCAAGGAAAAAAGAUAUCAAAAAUGUGAAUGGGGUUCAGUAUGAUACCUUUCGAGAUGUGUGUUAUGCUAGAGGUUUAGUUGAUGAUGACAAAGAAUAUAUAGACGCAAUAGAGGAAGCAAGUCAUUGGGCGUCUGGAGAUAAGUUGAAGAGAUUGUUUGUUACACUGUUAAUGACCAACUGUAUAGGGAAACCGGAAUCGGUGUGGAACUCUGUGUGGAAGCAUUUGUCUGAAGAUGCACAAUACCAACUACGUAAACAAUUGCAAAAUAGAGAUUUAGUGCUCAGUGAUUCACAGAAGAUGAACUACGCUUUAGUAGAGAUUGAAAAGAUGUUAUCAAUGAUGGGAAGGAGUUUGAUGGACUUUCCAGAGAUGCCAAUUGCUAAUUUUGAGACUUAUAAUGUAAUAUCAAAUAGGUUGAUACAAGAGGAACUGGCAUACGAUUGUGUUGCUCAGGAGAAAGAAAACAAGGUAUUGGUAAGUCAACUAACAGAUGAGCAAAAGGUAAUAUAUGAUGAGGUGUUAACAGAUAUUGAAAGCAAGGCUGGGGGGUUAUUCUUCGUUUAUGGUUAUGGAGGUACUGGUAAGACAUUUUUGUGGAGAGCAUUGUCAUCUGCUCUAAGGUGUAAGGGCGAAAUUGUUCUAAAUGUUGCGUCUAGCGGCAUUGCUUCUCUUCUGUUACCAGGUGGCAGGACAUCACAUUCUAGGUUCGGAAUACCUAUAUCUGUGAAUGAAGAUUCCACUUGCAACAUAAGACAAGGCACACCAUUGGCUGAGCUGAUUUUGCAAAGCAAGUUGAUAAUAUGGGAUGAAGCUCCAAUGAUGCACAAAUACUGUUUUGAAGCCCUAGACCGAACUAUGAGGGAUUUGAUGCGAUCCCUGAAUCCAAGUAGUUCCGAAAUGACAUUUGGUGGUAAAACAGUCGUUUUUGGUGGCGAUUUUAGGCAGAUUCUACCGGUUAUUCCAAAGGGCACACGCCAAGAUAUUGUUGGUGCAAGCAUUAAUUCCUCAUACCUUUGGAGAUCAUGCAGAGUAUUUAGGUUAACUAAAAACCUACGCCUAAGAAGUUUACAAUCGCAGACUGAGGCUGCCGAGGUGGAAGAAUUUGCAAACUGGAUAGCUGAUAUAGGAGACGGAUUGGUUGGUGAUUCAGUUGAUGGUGAAGCAGUGAUUACAAUUCCCGAACAGUUAUUGCUAAAAUGGAAAGAUGAUCCUAUUGCUACUAUUGUGGAUAACACAUUCCCUCUGUUUAGGCGUGCAAAUGAUGAUUUAUCAUACCUUAAGGAUAGUGCUAUACUGGCUCCAACAUUGGAUGUGGUUGAUACCAUUAACCAAUACAUGAAUGAUCAUAAUCCAUGUGAUGGUAGGACUUAUUUGAGUUGUGAUUCGGUUUGCAAGUCAGAUUCUAACGUGGAUAUGUUAGCGGAUUUGCACACUCCAGAAUUCUUGAAUGGUCUGCGAUGUUCUGGAGUACCUAAUCAUUCUUUGACUUUGAAAGUUGGCUCACCUGUUAUGCUAUUGAGAAAUAUUGAUCAUACUCUUGGAUUAUGCAACGGUACAAGGUUGAUUGUAACAAGGUUAGCUGAUCACAUGUUGGAGGCCAAGAUCAUGGCCGGUACAAAUGCAGGAUGA